AAUAUACCAAGGGGGUGAAUACUUUUGCAAGGUACAGUAAAACACUUUUGGUUUCCAAAGGAUAUUACUAAGCGGUUUAUCACGGCCCGCAGCAUCACCGUCUGAUCUCAUGUUGGGAAAUGUGGUCCACUCUCUUUCCUCUUUUUCGUUUGUCUCCGUCUGAUGAAGACAAAUCGUGUAAUAUCCUAUUUUCUGAAGCUGUUGGGUAACAUCAGCACAUCAACGUUUGCCCAAACUGCAGCAACCCGUUGCUGUUUGGACAUCAAAUGACGACAGAAAAUGUGCGCGGCUCCACCCUGACCGUUCCUUUAAAAGCAAACUCUCUGAUGUGCAAGAACACUGCAACGUCCGACGGACACUGAAGGCAUCUCUGAACGAUGGACUCAGGAAGGAAGUUCUGGUUCCAAGCAGGCUGGUUGGCUGUGGGCCUCCUGUCCGCCUGCUGCGGCCUCCCAACAGAACCGAAGGCUCGUCCUGGAGAAGUCCAGGACGUCUACGACUCUCUGUGGACCAACAACCUGGAUGUGGCGGAGCAGACGCUGGCCACGCCCUUCCUGCAGCACAUGCAGUUUGGUGACCUGCAGGCCGACGACUACGUCAGCUUCAUGAUCCAGGACAUCAACUACCUGCUGAAUGUGACCGACCUGCUGAAGGAGAUGGUGCAGAAGGUCAAGAGCCCCGACGACCUGAAGACCUUCAUGGAGAAGAGAUACCAGAGCUACAAGCAGUUUGCAGACCUGAUGCUGACGCAGUUCAACCUGAACUCCCUGCCGGACAUCAAGCCCAUCCCAGCCAUGGAGAAGUACCUGGCAGACUACAAGGCCAUCAUGGAGAAGGAGAAGCCCAUCUUCUUCGCUGUGAGCCUGCUGCCCUGCUCCCGGCUCUGGAUCUGGCUCGCCAACCAGCUCAAGGAGACGUACGGCAACGCCUACUUCGUCUGGAAGAAGAACAACAUGCACGGCAACCCGGAGAAGCACUACAGAGCUCUGCUCAACAAGUACCUGAAGACCCCCGACAAGGUCAAACGGGCCAACCAGAUCUUCCGCCAGCAAAUGCAGAACGAGAAGAACUUCUUCUCCGCCUCGCUGCAGGAGUAGAACCGGGGUCCUUACGGGUCACUCACUCCGGUACGUCUGGUACCGGAUUACUAGAGAGAGAAGGUCCGGUCCUGCAAACAGCAGAAAUAUGUUAAAUGUUUACAGCUCUGUUAUUUAAUUAUAUUUAUGAAUCUGUUUGGCUUCUGGCUGCUUCUGAAUCAAUACAAUUAAACAAGAGUCUGGCUCUAAUGACG